AUGAGAAAUUUGGUAGUAUUGAAUAGGGGCCAUAUCAGCCCUGAAUCGCAAACUUAUCCAGACUUGCACAUCAUAGAUAGUGUAUACGAUACAGUCUCCGAUGCCAUCACAUUUGUACUAUCUUCAGAGGAAAGCAAAAUCAUUGAAGUACAACAAUUUCACAAGAAUGGCAGUGUCUCUGUUCUUGCCAGCUUCCCAGUGAAUUCACAGUUGUUAAACACUGUACACUUUGUUGAUUCGGCACAAUUGGUGUUUGUUUUCAGUAAUGGUGAUAUCAUCACUGCCAGCUACGACCCACAACAAACGAAUGAUUACGACCAUACCAUUAUCGAAAUAGUCGGAACAAUUGAUGUUGGGUUGAGAGCAGCCCAAUGGUCUCAUGACGAAGAGACUUUAGCUAUGGUGACCAAUGAAAAUAAGUUGUUAUUAUUGUCAAGGGUGUUUGAGCCCAUUACAGAAAAGUUAUUAGACUCUAAUGACAUUAAAAUCACCGACUCAAAGCAUGUCUCAGUAGGUUGGGGAAAGAAAGAGACACAGUUCAAAGGUAAAGGUUUUAAAGCAUUGGAAAGAGAAAAAGAAGCUUUGAAGCAUGCAGGAUUGGGCGAAAAUGUAGCACAAUUACGUGACCCCACCGUGAAUGAAAUUGAAAGAGGUACUGUUUCCGAAUUUGAUGAUAAUACAGUCAGAAUCAGCUGGAGAGGCGACUCGGAAUAUUUCGCUGUAAAUACCAAGGAGCCUGUUGUUGUUGAAGAUACGAGUGAGAUGUACGAUCGAAGGGUGAUUAGAGUUUUCAACAGAGAAGGUGAAAUUGAUAGUGUCAAUGAAGCCGUUGAUGGGUUGGAACAAAACCUUAGCUGGAAACCUCAGGGUGCGUUGAUUGCAUCUACUCAAAGACAUAUCGACGAUGAGGAUGGAGAGGAGGUUCUCGACUUGGUCUUUUACGAACGAAAUGGACUUAGGCACGGCCAGUUUAACAUUAGAGUUGAUCCCCACGGAGAAGUAGUUCAGAACAUUACAUGGAGUUCAGAUAGUGAAAUACUAUUAAUCCAAUUAAAGGAUAGGAUACAACUUUGGACUACAAAGAAUUACCAUUGGUACAUGAAGCAGGAGCUUUUUGCCGAAGGUGUUUUGUUUACAAAGUUUCACCCUGAGAAGCCAUCCAACUUCAUGAUUGGUACUAGCAACGGAUUGCAAAUAGUGGAUCUAACUUACAAGAUAGUCACUGGACCAACGAGGUUUGGCAAUGAUUUGGGUAUGACCUUGGUGACGGAUGGUUCAACGGCCAAAAUUACACCACUUUCAGUUGCCAACGCUCCACCUCCAAUGAGUUUGCGUGAGUGGGAGGUGCCAGGAAAUAUCAAUGACCUUGCUGUUAGUAAAUCAAAUGAAAAGUAUGUUGCAUUAUGCAGCAACAACGACAUUUACCUCAGCGAGUUAACCAUGGCCGAUAUAAGACAAGGUAAACAUCCCAAAGUAUUGAGCAAAAUUGCCGCGGAUGUGUACAUUAACGAGUCAAAUGAGGUGGCAAAGCAGAUUGCUUUCAUAAAGGACGAUUUUGUGGCUGUAGCUAUUGAUGCACCAACUUAUUCUCGUGUAGUAUUGUUGGAGGUUGAUGAUAUAAACAACCCAAAACUCAAUGAUUCAGUUGAUGUUACGCCUAAAUUAGUCUUGAUGAAAUCAAGAGCAGAUUUCAACACUGUGAUUAUUGAGACUGUGGAUAGCAGGCUUAUUCAAUUCGAUUCGACACAAGAUCUCAAGGACAUAUGUAAGCUUCCACAAUUGUGUCGUGAGUUUGAAGUAAACUAUACAGAAGAAACCGAUGAGUUUGAGUGUUUUGGUUUAUCACGAAAUGGUAAGUUGUUCCGCAAUGAAGCUCCAAUCGUGAGUGGUGUUACAUCGUUGUUAAUUACUGAAUCGCACUUGCUAUUCACAACUGUGCUUUCCAAGUUGUGCUUUGUCCAUUUGAAUUCCAGUCACGAAAAUUAUGAAGUAUUUCAGAAUUUAUCAAAUGAAAAUAUCGUGGACGAGAGAAUAAGGCAAAUCGAGCGUGGAUCUUUUUUGGUUAAUGCAAUGCCAACCAAGUACUCAGUUGUGUUAGAAGCUCCGAGGGGGAACCUUGAGACAAUAUGUCCUAGAAUUAUGGUAUUGUCGGCUAUCCGUAAAUUCAUCGCAGCAAGAGACUUCCACAGUGCAUUCUUGGCAUGUCGUACGCACAGAAUUGAUUUGGAUAUUUUGCACGAUUACGAUCCAAACUUGUUUUUCAACAAUGUUGAACUUUUCAUCAACCAAAUUCAAAAAGUUGAGUAUUUAGAUUUAUUUGUGUCAUGCUUGCAUGAAGAAGACGUGACCAAGACAAAAUAUAGGGAAACUUUGAUCGAUGCUGGUAUUAAUGAAGCUGAGAUUAAACAGAAUGGAGAAACCUUACAACCCGCAUUCCGAAAAAAGUUCGCCAACAAGAAGGAGGAAGUGUUUAAAAGUUUCAAAGAUUCAAAAGUUAACCGGAUCUGUGAGGCAAUUUUGUCUGUUUUGCUAAAGCUGGAGUACAUGGACAAUUACAUGCAAACUAUUUUGACUGUUUAUGCGUGCGAAAAGCCUCCCAAUUUGGUUGAAGCAUUGACAUUGAUUGGUAGGUUGGGAGACGAGCAGCAGAAGGAAACGGCAAUCACUCAUUUGUGCUUCUUGCAAGAUAUAAACAAGCUUUACGAUACAUGCUUGGGCUUGUACGAUGUCAAAUUGACAUUGUUGAUUGCACAGCAAUCUCAAAUGGAUCCAAAGGAGUACCUUCCAUUCUUGCAAAACUUGCACACACAACCAGAGUUGCGUAGAAAGUUUUUGAUUGAUGAUCACUUGAAACAUUAUGAAUUGGCAUUAUACUGGCUACACGAGCUGGGUGAAUCGGCUUUUGCUGAAUUUGAUGACUACGUUGUCAAACAUGACUUGUACAAACUUGGAUUAAAGAUUUACGAGUACAACAAUGAGAGAAGUAAUGAUAUCAUGUACUUGUUUGCUGAGCACUUGCAAAAGACGAUCAACUUCAGCGAAGCUGGUUUAGCGUUUGAAUACUUGGGCAAGUUGGAUCAGUCAUUGGAGAAUUACAUUUUAGCCAAGAAAUGGAAAUCAGCAUUGUCAAUCACCGAGAAGUCAGAAUUUAAAGGAAAGGGUGAAAACACUGCCAAUAACCUUGUCAAUUCGUUGACUUCUGAUCAUAAAUACAGUGAUGCUGCUGAAAUUGAAUAUCACUUUUUGGGAAAUGUCUCAGAGGCAAUCAAGUUGUACUGUAAACAGUAUUGGUUUGAUCAAGCUAUUCUUCUCGCUGAAAAGGAGUCUCAGCCAGAACUAAUUGGAUCAGUCGUUGACGUACAAAUUAAUGAAGGUUUUGGAACAAUUGCUGAGCUACUAGCUGACUGUAAAGGGCAAAUGAAUUCACAACUAAGACGGUUGAGGGAGUUGCGUACCAAAAAGGAAGAAGAUCCGUACUCAUUCUACGGUACCCCCGAUGAUUUAGAUACACCAGAUAAUGUGUCAGUCGCUGCUUCAGAAACGUCAACUGCUCCAUCAUUUUUCACAAGGUAUACAGGGAAAACCGCUGGUACUGCCAAAACCGGUGCAUCUCGUCGAACUUCGAAAAAUAAGAAGCGUGAAGAACGUAAGAAAGCCAAAGGAAGAAAAGGUACCAUUUAUGAAGAAGAAUAUUUGAUAAGAUCAGUCGGUCGUUUGUUGGAAAGGUUAGAUCAAACACAACCAGACGCCACUAGACUAAUUGAUGGGUUAAUCAGACGCAAAAUGAAGGAGAAAGCAUACCAGAUUCAAAAGAACUGGUGCGAGUUGAUUGUCUUCAUCGAGGAGAAUAUUGAUGAAAUUCACAACAUGAGUGAAAAAGACCGUGAGAGGGUUGAUGACAAUGGUGAAAUUUACUUGAUUGAAGAGAUUCCUAAACCUAAAGUUAACCAGUUUCCAAAGUUUAGCAUAUUGGAUUACUAG